AUGCAGCGCGCAAUUUGCCUGAUCUUUGGUCGUCUCGUGCGUUCACCCUCCCUCUUUUUUCUUCCGUCAUUACCCUUUAUUCCAAUAUGUUGGGCCCCUCUUUAUAUUACACCGACUUUAGCAAGCAUUAGAUUCAAAUCCAAAGGUUCUUCCAAGUCAGGUACAGUAACCGCAGGCCAUGUUCCUAAAGCCGUGCGUGAAUAUUUGCAGGAAGAAGCCAUGCUUCAGGAGUAUGGAAAAGUGCUUAAGAAUUUCGCUGAAACAAUCGUCCGCAAGCUUAACCUCAGGGUAUCUCCCGAAAUGCUUUAUGAUAUUCAGAUUCAUAAUCACAAAAAUUUGCAUCUGGGUGAGAUAGCAAAAUUUGUACGACAAAACAAACAAGUGGAGUUACUUGAUGGUGUUGGAUCACACACAGACAGCACUUUGGUGAUAGUCGAUGUGUCAGCAAGACCCGAACUUGUACUUGAUGUUAAGGCCAGUAUUAUGCACUUUCUGGAGCAAAUCGGCUUGCCAAGAGAAAGUCUUCAAUCUGCAGGUCCAACUUCCUUUGCAGUUUCUAUAGGAGGUAUUGUAACACGUGAGCGUCGGCAAGAGAUGAUUAAACAUGGUAAAGAACUCCUCAAUCAUUCAAAGCGAGAAAUGGAUAAAGUUUAUCAAAAAUAUGACAAGCUCGCAAGAGGUGCCAUCACUUCAAAAGCGUCUAUUAAAGAAACUGAUAUAUUUAAUGCCAGAGAGUACUUCAAACAUUGUGUCAAAGAGUACCACGAGCGAGCGAACAUAUUGUGGACUAAGCAGGAGGCUGAACUCUCCGGCUAA